GAGACCUUUGAAGCUGUCACCGCUAUUUUCGAUAGCCUUUCUCCCGAUGUACAGGUCGGAUGUGUUGUAUCCAUCCAUCCUCCAUGGCACGAAGUAGCGAGUGUUAAAGGACAUGGAAGAGUACUUCUCGUUCCUCGUUUUGAGCUUCUCUUGGCCCAAAAGGACGUGGAUUUCCCUUGAAAGCUAUCGUGGACGCACAUCCUUUGACACAGUAACAAAAAAAGUCUUGGUAAAGACGACUUGACGAAAAAAGCAAGUUCGACGAUCCUGCGACGCCAGUCAAUGAUACACACUGAUCUUGAAACUCUCUACAAGCCCCGCGUGGAUUGCGAGAUCAUUGGCCGUCGCCGUCAACCAGCCUGAACAUCCAAAAGCUCUAAGACACAUCGAAUUUCCGAACUCUCUACGCAUCCUUCGAAGAGUCAAAGCCGGCAGCUUCUUCCCGCUUAUUUAAGCAGACCAAGCAGUGUGCUCGACUCACAGACUACAACAAUGGCUUCGCUUUCCGUGAAUCAAGUGAAUGAAUGGCGCAAGGCUCAAGAAAUUACGCUCUCUCUGGAUGUGGUAGCAGCUGCAAAAUCACAGUUGGAGUUCCUUUCGCUGGUACAUGCCAAUUUCAAGCUGUUUGAGAGGCCUGUUCUGGAAAGGGCAAUUGAGAGGUACCAGUACUGCUGCCUCCCGCUGUUAGCAAAUUCUUCUGGGAAUUUUUUCCCGCCACUCGACUGCGACUGGAUAUGGCAUUGCCAUCGCUUGAAUCCUGUUCAAUAUGCUGACGACUGUAAGAGAUUGUUCGGUAAAAUUGUGGAGGGACCUUCUUUGGCGAGGCACAGAAAUGAUCUCCAACAAAGCGCCAGUACAUGGGCUUCGAAUUUUCCAGACGAACCAUACACUCUUGACAUUUACGGUGGAGACUUAACAAGACGAUAUACCGAAAGACCAACCAAUAUCUUUUACGACUUGGCAGAAGCAGCUCUCAGGCAGAAAAGUUUCUACUAUCAGGUUUCUGAGCCGCAUUACCUGGGCGAGAGCUUCUUGGUAGUUGCUGUUGCACGUUACAAGGCGUUUCUCCAUCUCAUACGCACGUCUGGCACGUCAACAUUUUUCGUUCCCUCUUACGACAUCGAUUUAAUAUGGCAUACACAUCAGCUUCACCCUGUGAGCUACCACAACGAUCUCACACAGGUACUGGGAAGGAUCUUCGAGCAUGACGACACAGAUAGCAACCGAGAUUCCGGAGGAAAACUGGACAAUGGAUUCACAAAGACUCGAUCUAUGUGGGAAGACACGUAUGGCCUUCCAUACGAGAAAGCAGGGUGCAUGUACAGAGGGGAGCCACCAGCAUCCGUUCCCAAAACACCUGCUUAUGAUCCAGCCAAACUCGCCAGGCUCGCUAGUAAAAACGAUUAUGACUUGGCUGAGCGAAAGACUAUUCAGGUUCAUCUCUCCGUAAGAGGUACCAGAGGUUUGCCAGACGAUAGGACCAUCUACUACGUGAUAACCUCGUUAAACCAUCAAAAGUAUCUGAAUCUCGAGAGCCAACGAGGGAAGGCUUCCUCUCAUCUGAGCGUAGUCUCAACCAUAACAGCUGAACUCUCCACCGAAGGGCUGGUGCUCGCAGUUCGACAGAAGCGCUUUUUGAUAUCCAAAACCGUGGGCCUGCUCCUGAUUCCAUGGAAAACUGUCAUCCGCUCGGAAACGCAAUCACUCAGCGGCUGGUUUCCAUUGCUGGAGACAAAGAAGGACCGAGAAGUGUCGGUGCUGGUUUACAUCUCCGUUACUCCUCCAGUCACUGCGCCUUAUCUCUUCAGAAGCGUGAGAGUGAGAGACACGGGAGACGACUGUGCCACUCACAGCCUCCACAGUCACAGAGAAGGCAUGUGGAUAACAAGGAAUGUUUUCGAUCACACCAGAAACGAAUCCUUCGUCGUCCGUUGCAGAUACAAGGGUGGGGGGCUUUUGCUAAGGAGCAUUCUCGACACCGAUAAAGUUAUCCAUGUUCACAAAGGAGGGUGGACAUACGACGGUUCUUACAACACUGGCUCCGUAAAUGGUGAAAUUCUAGGAUCUGCAUGGCAACUAGAGAAACCAUCUUCAGUGUCUAGGAGAUGGUCUCUAAUGAACGGGAAGGCUAUUUUAACUGUUAACAGAGAUGUCAAGGAUAAGCACUGGAACAUGAAACCACAGCUCCGCGUUGAAAUGAAAUCCCACGACUGUCCGAUCAUGCUCUUCUCGGGUCGUCACCUGGAAUUUGCUGUUCCUGGUGCAUCCGAGCGACAGGAAGCGUGGUUUGUGACAAUGGUAAGAUUCACAAGAGACGCUCCUCAAGGCAAGGCGACAGCUCUUUUCAACUGGCGGUCUGGUGGCAUGCAGAUUGAUCGCAAUGAGGAUGUGCUGCUUGUGCUUCUUUUAUCGGCAACCAUAAGCAUGUCCGUGUCGGAUAUGCUCGGCAAAGCCAUUCCUUCGUGGACGAAUACGAGGAAACGAGUGAUGGUCUCAGAAGAAGAACAAGAUCAUUGGGGUGCUGUGACAGUUGAUCGCCGUCGCCGCAAGGACAGAGGCGGUGGCGGAGAGGGCGGGGGAGAGCACGGGGGAGAGCACGGGGAAGAGCACGGGGGCGACGGUGGUGACGGUGGCGAUGAUGUUGGUGGUGGUGAUGGUUUCGGUGGUGAUGGCCAGUGCUGGUAUGAUGGAGGUGGAUCGUAUUGUGGCGGAGGUGGUGCUGGUGGAGGCGGGUGUGGCAUCAGUGGAGGUGGGGGAUGUGGUGGAGCAGGAGGUGGCGGAGGCGGAGGCGGAGGUUGUGGAGGAGGUGGCGGAGGAGGUGGUGGCGGGUGUGGCGGAGGAGGUGGUGGCGGGUGUGGCGGAGGAGGUGGUGGCGGGUGUGGCGGAGGAGGUGGUGGUGGUGGCGGCGGUGGUUGUGGUGGUGGUGGCGGCGGUGGCGGAGUAUCUAGCUGAAGGGAAAUUAUGAUCAUUGACUAGAAGCUAAGAGUUUUUGGAUAUCUGCGAGUUCAGACUCAUUAUGUAAUGAACGAUAAAUGCAGCUUUGUUUAAAAUAGUUGAUAAAAAAAAUUCAGUAGAAACGCACUAGGUCAAAAA